AUGGCUACAAAUGGAGUCGAAGUUAAUGCUGAGGGAUACCAAGAAUUUAACACAGACUUACGUGUGAACACAUUCAACAAGCAGUUCAAGAAAUGUCAACAUAGACAUAAAAUAGAAGGAGGUCUUAGGACCACGCUGAGCGAGCUACCACAGGAAGUUUUGGGUGCAAUCGAACUACUUGCUGACGGUCAUGAGUCCGCGAAGGUACCGGAUUUUCUACAACAGUUGGUCUCCGAUGUAAAGUUUCUACAUCUUCAGAUUCUAUUGCAAAAUGUUGGGCUUUCAGACGUGGUCGAUCAAGUAUCCACUCUGGCUGAGAUCUGCGAUCAAAUCCACCUUCGCACAAUAAAAACACUUUCAGCCGGAGACAGAUCGACCAAUAGACAGACGCUUGUCCUUGUUGUGAACCAGGCCUGCGAGGCCGGCAAACAUUUGGACCGAGUUCGGAAGUGGCUAUCGGGAUACACUGUAGUGGAGGCGAACAUAUGGGAUUGUGAAUGCUGCAUGGAGAAAACCAAACAAUUGCAAGCAUGCAACAAGUUUAUAGAGCACAUGGAAGCUAAAAACGCCUACAUGAGGACGAACUAUGGAGGCGUGAAUGUGGAAGAAUGCCUAGCCCGAGCUGCAGAUUUCAACAUCAAGAAAUGCCAGUCAAAUUGCAUCAAAUGUCGUAAAAUGGAUUUCGAACUGACCAGCAAGCGCAUUGCCGUGCGAAACAUCCUCAAUGAAUACAACGCUCUUCACAAGAGGGCGGUUCUGCGUGGCCUGUCGGAGGAAUCAAGCGAAUGCACGCCAAUCCGAGACUGCAAGAAAGAGAUGCAAAUCUCAGAACACAUAGACAACUAUUGGAGGACCAGAAUGCAGAGGAUAUUCAGACUUUAAACGGCAUGUUGAGAGAGUGAUGAUUUACACACAUUUAGCUCGUUUUCUCAAAGAUGAUACAUAUAUUAUUAUCUACAGUUUAUUAUCAAAACCGUGCUGUACGAUGAAUUCAUCAGUUGGACAGGUUAACUGAUAUAUUUGUAACGCUAACUUAUAAUUAUGCUGUGUUGUUUGAAAUUGUAAAAUUAUACAAUAUAAUACACUACGUGGAUUGUUAAUGCAAAUACAAUAGUUGCAUUAAUGACGGUGGUAAUGAAGACUUAAAUAUCGCGUUAUUAUGGAAUAAAACUUGACAGCUUAUCGAUGUGCACGAGGUAAACUAUUGUAAUAUGUCUUUAAUAACAUUAAAGCAUGUCUGACACAAAUCAAAACUAAAAUAUAAUUAAAAACUUGGACCCAUUAAAUCAACGAAUUCUGUGAAAACGACCUGCCAAUGACCCGUGCGAGGGAAACCAUACGCAUCGACCGCGCACACAGAAUCGGUAACUACCACUCGGGCUCUGAACGUCCAAUUGUUGUACGAUUGAACUGCUAACAGAAUAAAUGUACUGUUAAACUGAAAGUGAUGGACCCUUCAUACGGUAAAGGUCCCGUACCGGAGAUGCCGUCUCGUCUUCCCAGACACCCACAGGAAUAUAGGAGACGCCAACAACUUGACAAACAACCGACGGCACCUGAAAACCCAUCAUUCAUGUCUCAGAGAACAUAUGACAUUAACAAGAAGCACCUGAAAUGUGUUCUUUGGAAUGUUCAGGGUAGUGUAAAUAAACUGUGUAAUAAUAAAUGUAAUUAAAUUAAUGUCUGUGAUACUGAGUUGUUGAGAACUUAGCUUAACAAAACUGAUUGUUUCGAUAAUGUUCUUCAGUCUUUUUUUGUGAUCAAUGACAUUUACAUUCAUGUAAUGAUAAAAUGUCUGAUCUUAUUUAUGGUGUGUCCUAUUCUGUGUAAGGCAUAUCCUAUAUGUUGAUUAUAUUUCUCCUACUUUGACAAAAUAUAAAUGUUUUAUUACUGAUUGUAAACUA